GCUAGGGUGCAUGGAUUUGUAUGAGGAGAAUAAGCAGAGAGGUGCUUUUGUGAAACGCGGUGCGUGAACGUAACUCAGACGGCGGAUUUAUUCUUUUUUCUCUCUCUCUUUCACCCGGAGUCGCUCGUUUGUGGUCCCUAAACAAGAUCUGACUGCUGAAGAAAUCCGUUCAAGCGACAUUUCAAGGCGAGGCGGCGGAAAAGCAGAGCAAAAGGAUAAUAAAAGAGGGAAACACAGAGAGAGAGAGAGAGAGGGAGAGAGAGGUUUCUACAGGCUCUCCUCAGCCAUUUUGAUUGCACGGGAAGGGGACUGUUUAUUUUUCUGUUUUGAAACAAGUCACUGGUUGCGUUUUAAUCGCAGCGGAUCAGUGAGGAAGAAAUGGAGCCGCUGUUGGAGCUCUAAGCGGUCUGGGACUGUUUUUUCUUUUUUUUAUCCAAAGGAGAGAUAAAACACGCAAACACACGCUCACACGGACUUGCCAUUUAAAAGGUGAACGGACGCGCAGUCAAUCCAAUCGACGGGCGAUGGAGCGCUACCUGUCGGGCAUCUACCUGCUGCUGCUGGCGCUCUUGACUCUGCGGCGAUCGAGCGGCGCCACGGCCAAGGAGCUGAGCUGCCAGGAGAUCGCCGUGCCGCUGUGCAAGGGCAUCGGCUACAACUACACCUACAUGCCGAACCAGUUCAACCACGACACGCAGGACGAGGCGGGCCUGGAGGUGCACCAGUUCUGGCCGCUGGUGGAGAUUCAGUGCUCGGCAGACCUCCGCUUUUUCCUGUGCAGCAUGUACACACCCAUCUGUCUGGAGGACUACAAGAAGCCGCUGCCGCCGUGCCGCAGCGUGUGCGAGCGCGCCCGGGCCGGCUGCGCGCCUCUCAUGCGCCAGUACGGCUUCCCGUGGCCCGACCGCAUGCGCUGCGAGCUGCUGCCCGUGCAGGGCAACCCGGACACGCUGUGCAUGGACUACAACCGGACGGACGCCACUACCGCCGCGCCAGUGCUCCCGAAACCCACGGGUUACCCGGGAAGGGCGCACGGAGGCGGCCGCGGCGCUAGUGGAGGACACGCCAAGCGCAAGCCGGCGCCGCAGCCGUGCGAGGCCGGGUGUCAGUGUCGCGCGCCGAUGGUGCGUGUGAGCAGCGAGAGGCACCCGCUGUACAACCGCGUGAAAACGGGAAGAACGCCGAACUGCGCUAUGCCCUGCCAUAACCCGUUCUUUACCCCAGACGAGCGGGCGUUUACAGCCUUCUGGAUCGGCUUGUGGUCUGUGCUGUGCUUCGUGAGCACUUUUGCCACGGUGGCCACAUUCCUGAUUGACAUGGAGAGAUUUAAGUACCCAGAGCGACCCAUCAUCUUCCUCUCCGCGUGCUACAUGUUUGUCUCAGUGGGUUACAUCGUGCGUCUGAUCGCAGGCCACGAGCGGGUUGCCUGCAGCCGAGAACAUGACGUCGAACACGUCCACUAUGAGACCACAGGUCCAGCGCUGUGCACCGUCGUCUUCCUGCUGAUCUACUUCUUCGGCAUGGCUAGCUCCAUAUGGUGGGUGAUCCUGUCCCUCACAUGGUUCCUGGCGGCGGGUAUGAAGUGGGGCAACGAGGCCAUCGCAAGCUACUCUCAGUACUUCCACCUGGCUGCAUGGCUCAUCCCGAGCAUGAAGUCCAUAGCUGUCCUGGCGCUGAGCUCGGUGGACGGCGACCCUGUUGCGGGCAUCUGCUACGUGGGCAACCAGAACCUGGACAACCUGCGGGGCUUCGUGCUCGCACCAUUACUCAUCUACUUGUGCAUCGGAGCCAUGUUUCUGCUCGCUGGGUUUGUGUCACUGUUUCGCAUCCGCAGUGUCAUCAAGCAGGGUGGCACGAAAACAGACAAGCUUGAGAAACUCAUGAUUCGCAUCGGGGUGUUUACUGUGCUCUACACAGUGCCCGCUGCUGUCAUCGUGGCCUGCUACUUCUAUGAGCAGCACAACCGGCAGCGCUGGGAGACAGCACACAACUGCGCCUGUGCUCUGGACCGUGAGCGUGAUGCAGAGAGGCCUGACUACGCUGUGUUUAUGCUCAAGUACUUCAUGUGCCUGGCUGUGGGCAUCACGUCAGGCGUGUGGGUCUGGUCAGGGAAGACUGUUGAGUCAUGGCGGGCGCUGUGCGCGCGCUGCUGCCGCUGCCGCUGGGCGGGCAAGGGUGCGAGCAGCUCGGCAUACAGCGACGUGAGCGCAGGACUGACGUGGCGCUCAGGCACAGCCAGCUCGGUCUCCUGCGCCAAGCAGAUGCCUUUGUCCCGGGUCUAGAGGAGCUCUGUGCAUCAGUUCCUGCUUUUUCCACACACACAUUUCCAUACAAAUGGACUGCUGAGGGGUUUCUGUUAAGCGGAAAGACUGGCUGAAACAAUCAAACCCAUCAUCACCCCUCAUGUGUGGUUUACUUUCCUGCCAUUUCUAUUCAUAUGGACAUGACAUGCAAUCAGUGAUGCUUAGAGAGAAUUAGGCAUUGCAUUGUCCCAAGUGGUGCUGAACAUUUUCUCCAGUCCUUUAGCAUUUAAACUCAAAGUUUUCUGUUUAAUUUCUUUUCUUUAGUUUAAAGAAUGUCUAAACAAUCAAAAAUAUCAAAGAUGCUCUCUCAGAUAAGCCUUAAAAAGUCUUAAAGUUUUAGUGCUCAAGUAUUUCUACGGGUUGUUUUUUUUAUUGUAAUGUAUUUAUACAGUUAUGUACAAACGUGUAAAUUUUGUAUAAAAAAGAAGAUUUAUAAGAUUAUUGUAAAUUUGUAUAUAGUGUAGAUGUCAUUUGAAGAAGACAAAUAUUGCUUUUAUUUUGACAAUAAAAUAUUUUGGAGAAAUCUUUAAUCGGACAUCUCUCCAGCUUUUUCUUGUAAUGAGACAGAACUGUCCAGGUUUCUUUUUUUUCCCAUUUUAAUGGUGACUGUAUUGAACAUGCUUGCUAUAGAGGUGUUUCUUUGUGCACGUCUUCUAAAGAGAAGCUCUUUCCUGGCUAUCAGGGUCGUAAUUAGAGGCGAGCAGCUCGAGUUGGAGAAGCUCCAUCAUUGUUGUGUUCGCCACUUAAUUUAAUAAAAGAGGGCUGAGUGAAUGGGAUUUAAAUGCAGAGAAAAGGGCUCUUUUCAUCCAGGGGGACACUUUGAUCUUUCUUUAAAGUCUCGGAUAAAGGUGACAUGUACAAACCUUUUUUCUGUACUUACUGAUGCACCAAGUUGUCUAAUGUCUAAUCUGAGAGCCUUAUGCUUCUGAUGGGCGGUAUUGAAAUGUUGGCACUUGGGGGGCCCAGGGCCACUUUUUUUUCAAGACUUUGUAACUGUUUGAAUUUUCCAGCAUGCUGUCGAAAUGUCUCAUUUGAGCUUAAGCUGCAUUAUGAAUCACAUAGGUUAGCUUCACGGUGAAUGGGGGCCCUACAGGUGGUCCCUUUACCUAAUCUGACAUCGAAGGGGUUUUUAUUGUGGAGCUCUGACAGCACUGUAUUAACACUCCGAGAAAGAGCUUCCCAAUAAAACACGGGUGUAAUACAAAGUAAAACAGUUAUCUUCUGGCUUUUGUCACAAACACACUUGGUGCAAUCAGUUUACAGUUUUUUUUUCUCCUCGCUUAUUUAGUGAGAUAGUGUUCCCAAUUUUGCUUGUUUUUGAUUCAUGUAAUCAGAUAAUUAACAAACCCUUCAUAAGCUUGAAAAGAGUUUAUUCAAGUGAAGAAAAGCAUUCAGGAGCAGGAUUGGAAAACACCCAGCUAGGCCAUUAGAUGAUUACAGUCAUUACCUUGAUAAAAAAGCCUGUAAUCUGUUCACCACUGAAACACUGAUGUUAAACGAUUUUAUGCCCAGCACUCUGCCUUAACAGCAGAACCAUCACUGAAACAUGAGGUACACUUUAAGAUGCUUAUUCCAGGCUUCUUGUGCUCUAAAUGAAGAGUUCCACAUUUCACCACAUGUUUGCACUCACUGGACACUUUUAAUAGGCAGGGACUCCAUCAACAGAAACAAUUAAACUUCUGUAUUAUACACAGGUAUUUCAUUAAAUCAGGAAAACAAAAUAAAAUGUAAUUAAUAAACCCUAAAUGACCAUUGACGCACCUUUCCACAGUUCUGUUCAUUUUGUGUUGUUUUGUCUGAGUAGUUUCAUAUCAGAAAUGCAUACAUCAGUUGAGGUGGUCUUUUUUUUUUUUUUUGAAAUUUGUAAAGUUAGUAAAGAUGUGUGGACUCAAAGCGCCAUCUAGAGGUUAGUAUUAUAAAUUACAAUAGCUAAAAUUCUAGCUCUAGCACAAAAGGGCUUGUUGUUAGAGUGCUCAACAGUUGGUCUUUAGCAGAACUGAAACUUUAACAACCUUCAGAGCCUUAACAUUUUAAAGUAACUUUUUUAUUUAUUUAUUUAUAUCAGAAAGAAACCGUAACCUAUUAAAAUGUUUUUAUAUUACUAAUUUAUUUAAAAACUAUAUAUGGAAGUAUGCAAAUGCUACAACAGAUCAUUACAUGUUUAGAUAUUACGGUAAUCUAAUUUUCAACAGA